AUGUCCCUUCUGAUCAGAUUAAAGGCCAUGAGCACCACUUUCGCGGCAACAUUCCACCCCUUCCCAUGUCUCCCCAUCGAGCUCCGCGCUCGCAUCUGGGAGCUUACCGUCGAGCCGCGCAUCGUCGAGGUGCGCGUGGUCUACCACCAGCCACACCCAAUCAAUAUCAAGGGAACCGAGCCAGGCAUGCAGACCGUGAGCUGGACAGUCAAGCGGCCGCCGCCGAUGCGCCAUCUGCGCUCAUCUACCCCCGCCCCAGCCCAGCUGCAAACCUGCCGUGAAGCGCGCAGGCACCUGACGGCGCACCUCAGGACUAGUACCGAAGGUCGAUAUGAGAAGUCUUUUUUCGAGAUCGCUGUGCGGCCCUACGAGGGUUUUGACCCAGUGCCUGAGGGUGACCCGGAGCGUGAGCGCUAUGUCUGGUUCAACUUCGACAAGGACACGGUCUCCAUUGGGGACACAGAUAUGAACGACUUUCGGGCUGUGGCCCACCAGAUCCCACGGCUACGGCUUGAGCGGGCCCUCUCGAACGAGUACUUUGCCCGCAACGAGUCGCGGUUGAUUGGCUGGUUGUUUAGGAAUGUUGUUGAGGUUCAUUUGGUCUGUCUGGAGGGAAUCAGGUCGGGCUACUCGGUGGCCGGGGAUAUUGAAUUUCCCUGUGGGCCCGAAAACGUGUACUUCGUUGACCCCGAAGGGAUGGGCGGGGCCAUCAUGAACAGCAUCGAACUGGACGCUAUGGUGCUCAGGGAGUGCGAGGAGCUUUAUGGGCCGGUAGAAUAUGACUGA